AUGGCUGAUCAACAACAAUGGACGCCGUACAACACAAACCUCCAAGCUUCCGUACAACAACAGGAUCAACAGUAUCAACCAAGCGAGCUCUCCGGUGGCUUUGAUUUUAGUGGAGGAUAUGGCGGUCAAGUGGGGUAUGGUGGUCAUGAAGAAUCUGGUGGACAUGGGGGCUUCGGAAGCUUCGGAGGCCACGACCUGCAAUCCCACUCCUAUCCCGUCCACCAACACGUCGACGAAGAAAACCCAGAACCGAUCAAACAUUACAAAGAGGUCGUCGUCCCUAUCCCAAAGAACGUCGAAUUCAAAGUCAACCAGCCCAUCCUGAUCCCAGUACCCCAUCCCAUCCCGAUCCAAGUACCUGUCCCUAAGGCAGUAGUUAUCCCUAUCAUAAAGGAGGUAUCCAUCCCGGUUGAGAAAUCCGUCCCAUAUCCAGUUGAGAAGACUGUCCAUGUUCCUAAAAUUAAGGAAGUGCCUUUCGAAGUCGUCAAGCACGUCAUUGUUCCCGUGGUAAAACCUAUACCUUUCAAAGUACCAGUUUAUGAAACAAUUAUUCACUCUAAAAAGGGAUCGCACAAGAUUCGCUAA